AUGGCGACCCUUCAUCUUUCCGUGCCCGUGGCUGCGGCUCUGGCAAGUAGCGGUUUGAGUCGCAGACACCUCAGAAGAAGACAAGUAGUCACCGCUCAAGCCAGCGGAGACAGCACAUUCACGAGUCCCAAGGCGGGGGCUGUAGGGGUGAAGCGGCUGCAGGAGGGAGCUGCACCCGGCACAUACUACGGUCCCAAGAGUUCUGCUUCGAGGGGACGUGCUGCCACUGCGAGAUGGAGGUUGAGGGAGGAGCAAGUGAGGUGA